AUGAAUGAACGUUGUUGUCCGUGUGGUGCUCGUCUUGAUCGCAGUUCUUGUGUCCGACCACUGAAGUCACCAUGCCUCAGAAUGUUUAUGUCUAUUCGUACUCUUAAAUCACUUUCUUACGAUCAAAAGGUGUGCAAUGUUUGCCGACAUUUAUACAUCAAGUGGAAAAGUGAAAAUUCAAAAUUCUCUGCAAUGCUUGAUCAUUUCGAAAAUGAUAUGUUAGUGAUCAAUGAUAAUGCGAAUAGUGAUUCGUAUCAGUUUAUGGACGUCCAGGUUCAAACUGAUGAUUCGUCUCGUUUAACAACUGUGGAAAAUCCAACUUUGAUUACAAAUACAAAUCAUCAAGAAGUUAAGUUACAGCUAAAUGCGACUUCAUCUUCCCAUACGAAAUGCUGUGUUUGUCGUGAAAAUCUCCGUGAUCAUUCGGUGAAAAUCACAUCUCAGGAUAGAGAUUUUAUAUUUUUUUCACGUAAUAUUUGGAUACCAGUAGGGGCACGAUGUUGCUCAGGCCAUUUAAUUAAUAAUCUAUUAUCAAAAGAAGCUGUUGAUCAGAUUAAACCUUUCUCAAUACGAUAUCAAGAAUUAAGCUCGUCGGAUGUUCAACUUCUUUUAAACAAAGCUCAGACUUUAUUUGAAAAUGGCAAGAAAAGAUUUAGUUUCGAUGAUCCAAGAGAUCUUAAUGAUGAUGAAUAUUGUUUACUAACUAGUCUCUCAAGAGACAACUUUAAUGAUUUUGUCCAAAUCGUUUCUUCAUCUACUAUUCGCCCCUCCUGCAAUCGAUCGAUAAGAACUGCGGUCGGCAUUUAUUUAUGUAAACUUCGUCUUGGUAUUUCAAAUAGACUAUUAGCUUGCAUGUUUCAAAUAGCAGACAAACGAACAGUGUCUCGAAUCAUAAAUAGUGCACGUCAAGCUAUUGUAAAGAGUUUUUUAUCAGAUAAUUUAGGUUUUGGACAUGUUACUCGUGAAGAUGUUAUUGGUCACCAUACCACAACAAUAGCUCGAGAACUAAUGUGCGGUGGUGACAGUACUGAUACAGCAAUAAUUAUUAUUGAUGGAACGUAUCUUUAUAUUCAGAAGUCUCGAAAUAAUGAAUUUCAAAGAAAGACUUUUAAUUUAUAUAAGAAAAGAUCCUUAUUAAAGCCAAUGAUGAUUGUAACAACUACAGGUUAUAGCGUGGCUUGUAUUGGACCGUUCCUGUCUGAUUUUAACAACAACGAUGCUGCGAUAAUGAAAGAUAUUUUACUUCGCAAUACCGAUCACAUUUUAAGUUGGCUAAAAGAACAUGACAUACUGGUGGUUGAUAGAGGGUUUAGAGACUCUAUUGGUGUUAUGAAAGCUCUUGGGUUGGAGGCUAUUAUGCCAUCAUUUCUUGAUGGCAGACGUCAAUUUUCAGCCGAAGAAGCUAAUGAAUCAAGAUGCAUCACAAAAAUACGCUGGGUCGUGGAAGCCGCUAACCGUCGACUCAAAGAAUUUAAGUACUUUGCGAAUACCAUUCAAAACUCGUCCCUAGUGUACUUAGAAUCUGAUAUGUCAAUUGCUUGCGCUCUCAUCAAUCAUUAUCAACCACCUAUGACAAGAUCUAAACUGGAAGAUGAAGAGAUAGGUGUACAAGUAAUGCAAUUACGCCAACAAAAAAAUAAAAUUCAACUCCUCUUAGAAGAAAAUAAUCUAAUCAGGCGGUUUUCUCUAUGGGAAAUAAUUAAUCAUACAGAAAUCAUAGAUGGUUUUCCUAUUAUGACACAAGACGAUCUAGGAGAUCUCACUUUCGGUAAUGAAUCUUCAUUCAAUUUCUCACAACUAUCUGUUUUUAUAGGUGUUUUUCAAUUGAAACGAGCACGUUCUUAUGCCGAGGAGCGCUGCUCAACUACCAAUCUAACCAGUGCCGUAGCUUACAGUGUACACCGAUGUAAAAUUAUUCCAAAUUUGAUUCGUAUUCCUACUCAAUCUGCACAUAGUAAUCGAGUUACCUAUCAUCCAACAAUCCACUUUACUGAUCAAGCAAUUCUAGGCUGGUGGUGCGAUUGCUUCACUGGUGCACGAUUUCUAGGCUGCUGA